AUGUCAGACUCGGAAGAAAAGAAGUCCGACCUUUCGGCACCAAUCAACCAGGUAGAGCCGGUGAUGUCGAAGCCGCUCACGCUAGCAGACAUCACGUCGAACCCGGUUGAGGCCAGCGUGCCCUUCUCUGUGGAGAACCCAUACCACCCAUACCACUGGGACUGGAAAAAGAAGUACGGAAUCGUCAUUGCGUACUGCACGUUGCAGGUGUACGUGACGCUCACGUCGACGACCUACGUCGCCGUCGAGUACAUUGUGGAGGAGAACUUCGGUGUCGACGCCCAGGUGGCCACUCUCGGCCAGUCCUUGUUCAUUCUCGGUACCGCUGUCGGGCCUGCGUUCCUCGGGCCUUUGUCCGACUUGGGCGGCAGAAAGUGGAUCUACGUCAUCUCGAUCAUCUUCUACAUCAUCUUCAACUUCGGCUGCGCGUGGCCCCUCAACAUGCCUAUGGUGGCCAUCUUCAUGUUCAUCAUCGGCAUGUGCGGCUCCACCGCCUUGUCCAACGUCGCCGGUACCAUUGGAGACUUGUUCUGCGCCUCCGACGAGGCCUCCCAGCCUAUGGCUCUGUUUGUCUUCUCUGCCAACGCAGGCCCUUCCAUCGGCGGUAUCGUCGGUGAGGCCAUUGCCGAAAACUCCAAGUUGGGCUACAAGUGGAUCUUCAUCAUCAACAUCAUCAUCGGUGGGGCCUUCGUCGUCGGUAUGUGUUUCCUUCCAGAAACCUUGCCAAGAAUCGUCAUCGAGGAGAGAACCGCCAUGGAGGGCAGAGACUGUCCAGGCGUCAUCUGGAGAGAGUUUGGCUACUUCAAGGACACCCUCUCCUGGAAGACCCCAUCCUACAAGGCCGUCUACGAAGAAAAGUUGUCCCAAGAGGGCGAUGCCGCCGUUGUUGUCGAGAAGGUCAACACCUUCAACGAAAUCAAGUUCGUCGCUUUGCAAGCUUUGAAAAUGAUGGUCACCGAGCCAAUCAUUAUCUUCAUGGGUCUCUACAACGGUUUCGCCUACGCCAUUUUAUUCCUUUACAACGACGGUAUCUUCGACGUCUUUGUCUACAACAACAAAUUGUCCUACAUUGCUGCUGAGUGCACCUACUUGAACUUCGUUGUCGGUGUCGCCUUUGUCAUCCUCCUCCAGCCGGUACAGACCUGGUUGUUCAAGAGAGACAGAAUCAGAAACGGUGGUAUUCCAAGACCAGAAGCAAGAUUCUUGCUCUCUUUGGUCACCGUCUGGGGAUUCCCUCUCGGCCUUUUCUGGUUCGCUUUCACCUCCGACGGUACCGUCAACUACUGGUCCCCAAUCGUUGCAGGUUUCGUCUUGGCCCUUGCUGACCCUCUCCUCUGGUUGGCCAUGUUGAACUACAUCAUUGACUCCUACUCCGCUGCAGGCUUGAGCAACUCCGCCAUUGCAGCCUUCUGUAUCCCAUCCUUUGCCAUUGCAGGUGCCCUCUCCCACGCCGGUGUCGCCAUGUUCCAGAACAUGUCCACCACCUGGGCCAUGGCCACCUUGGGAUUUAUCUCCAUCGGUAUUGUCGCAUUGGUCUACAUCUUCUUCUUCUUCGGUCCUAGAUUAAGAGCAGCCUCCAAGUUGGCCAAGUUCUCUCAGCAGCAACAACCUCCGCAACAGCAAUACACAAACCCAAUGCUUCCACUGAAUCCCCAGUACCCAGCAUCAAAUUGGAACCAGCAGAGUAUGUCGCUGACCCAGCCAUCCGAUCCUGCUUUACACAGACUAGGAGUGAAUAGAAGGUUAUCCUCACACAUGCAGCGACUGCCCUCCAUCUCGAGCAUCAGCGCAUCGUCACCCUUGUCGACCUCCAUGUCUCCAAAUGGCUCAUCCGUGAACGAAAAUGUUCUGCAUUUAGGCCCCGCUUCACCGUCGAUAAAUAACUCUCAGUACCCUGGACUGACUCUGGGAUCAAACAAUCCAUCGCCCGAGAAGUCUCUCUUCAAAAACUUCUGGGGAUUCAAUAAUUCAGAUAACCAGCUGUCGCCGACAAACACAUCUUACCCUCCUUUGCCCCCACCGCUACCACCACACGUUAACCCUGCGAACAAUAAUAAUGGCAAUCCAAUGACUUUCGGCACUAGAGCCUUGUUGGAAAGUCAACAACAACAGAUCAUUCCACCGUUGAGAGCAGAAGGUCCCGUUCUCACGUCUAUGAAUGCGAACACAGGGAACACGUUCAAUAAUAUAAGAAGAGAAAGUGUGGCUGCAGUGCACCACCAUCAACAUGGAAUGCCUUAUCCAAUGUUGAAUGACAAUGAUAAAUCGCAGAAAGUCCACAAACCGAAAGCGUUAAAAAAUCACUUGAAACUACCGAAGUUCAAUGCUGUUUCAUCAGCUUCCGAUUUGCAGCCAGCCAUUAAUGACAAGCCCAAAUUUCGUCGUGUUUCAUCUUCCCAAUCUUUUGUUUCGCCCCUCUCUGCACUGACCACACAAUUGAAUUUGUCAUACUCCAUGUGCGUACCAGAGUACGAUUACCAGAAAUCCAAGAAUCCAAGAAGAGCCUUAACCAAGAACAGUAAACCAUGCCACAACGGUGGCUACGAUAACGAGGUCUACGAUUACAUUUUGUAUGUGAAUGACAUAUUGGGGACCGAGGAGAACAAGAAGUACCUUGUGCUCGAUAUUCUCGGACAGGGGACCUUCGGACAGGUUGUGAAGUGCCAGAACUUGAAGACUCAAGAGAUUGUGGCGGUGAAGGUCAUCAAGGCCAGACAAGAAUGCUUGCAGCAGUCCAUUGCCGAGGGCAAUGUGUUGGAGUACAUCGACAAGAAGGUGGAUCCAAAAUACAAGAAGUACUUCAUCGACUUGAAGGACAAAUUCAUGCACAAGUACCACCUAUGUCUUGUAUUCAAGCUGCUAAGCUCCAACUUGUACGAGAUCAUAAAGCAGAACCACCACCAUGGCUUGUGCAUCAAGUUGGUGAGGAACUUUGCCGCGCAGAUCCUCGAAGCACUAUGCGCCUUGAAGGAGAUCAAGAUCAUCCACUGCGACCUAAAGCCAGAGAACAUCCUGUUGGCGAAGCUGAACAAGCCCGACUUGAAGGUCAUCGACUUCGGCAGCGCCUGCGAGGAGCACCAGCUUCUCUACUCCUACGUGCAGUCCCGCUUCUACCGCUCGCCCGAGGUGAUCCUCGGCGUGGACUACUCCACCUCCGUCGACAUGUGGUCCUUCGGGUGCAUUGUGGCCGAGUUGUUUCUCGGCUUGCCGCUUUUGCCCGGCACCUCUGAGUACGAGCAGUUGGCGAGAAUGGUGCAGACCUUCGGCAUGCCGCCGUCCUGGAUGAUGGUGGAAAAGAAGGCCAGCAACUACGUCGUGAAGCAGGACAACCCUAGCUACGACUUCUUCAACGACAAGUCCGGCGGCAGAUACUCCUACCGUCUGAAAACCCUCGACGAGUUCAACCGCGAGUUCAAUCUGCACGAGAGCCCUGCCAAGCAGUACUUCUGCGACACCAAGCUCGACAAAAUCGUCAUGAACUACCGCCUGCCCAAGAAGAACAUGCCCAGGGAAGCCGUGGACCGGGAGAUGCAUGAACGGUCAUGUUUGGUCCACUUUCUCAAGGGCGUGCUCAACAUCAGUCCGCUCGAGCGCUGGACUCCGCAGGAGGCCCUUCAGCACCCUUUUAUCACCGAGGAACCCUGGACGGGUCACUGGGCCCCUCCUACUGCCCGCUUCAGCUCCGACAUCCGCAGAGGAGGCCGUUCUCUUAGUCUUGUAUAG